AUGGCCUCGACGUCUGCCAGGCCGGCCGGCGAGGGCACAUCCGUCACCUCGGUGGAAGGCAAGGGCACAUUCGUUGCCUCAGUGGCAGGCAAGGGCCCAUUCGUCGCCUUGGUGGCAGGCGCUCCUUCAUUGCUAGGGGGGUUUGAUGGGUUACCACCCGAGGCCCUUUGUCGCCUAUUGGAUAUGUUCCUGUCCUCUCCCUCUUCAUCCUCCAGUGAGACUUCAUCUGAUUCCUCCUCCUUCCCGCCCAUAAACUCGGGGCUCCGCGUCCUCCGCACCCGUCGCGUCCUGCGCCCCCCCGCUCUCCUCUUUCUCUGCCCGUCGGUGGUCUCUUGCUACUCGUGGUUCCACCGCGCCCGGCCGGCAUCGACGGCGUUCGGCCUCCUCGCGGCGGUCCCCAAGUCACCGCGCCUAGGCGUGGUGAACGCCACGUGUUUUGUGGUGCCGGUGCCGCCGUGUCUGCUGCUCCCGUCGCUCUUGUCAUCUCCGCAUGUGGCACCGCGGGUCCUUCAGCUUCAUCCACUUCAGCGUCAAUCACCGGUCGAGAGGAAGAUGGCGACGGACGCACUGGCUCUCGUGGUGGCAGCCCUUGUCGCAGCCAGCCCAGGAGGGGUCCCUGGGCGCCAGAUCCCAGCCCUGCUCCAGGCCACCUCGGUGCUGGCUGGGCGCGGAGCUUUUUCCCUGUCUUCUCGCGAGCGUCACAAUCAACGGCGCCAGUCCCGGGCCCCAGUCUUUUGCUCCCCCCCUAGGCGCGCCCCCGCUUGCUUGCGGCCGCGGCAACAGCAGUCGUUCCGGCAGACGCAGUGGCGGUCGGCGCAGCCUCUUCACUCGAGGGUCCCUCCGGUCGCCUCACUGCCUCAGCCACGACCCCCGCAAUCUCCGCCACCCCGAGCAGUGACGGCGAAUCUCCCCACGCAGUCCAUGACUCCUCCCCAGCCCGGCCGUGCUCCCCUGGUAGCGGCGACGCAUAAGCUAAGCCGCCGUCAGAGGCGGCAGCAGUCACAGCAGCAGUCCCUUCUCCCACCAUCUCCGGCACACAACAACGCCUCUCCACGCGCCGAGGUCGGGGGGAUGUUACCAUCGGGGCAGUCGGCAGCGGUGUCCGCGGCAACAGAGAUGCUGCAUUUUCUCCCCCUGAUCGGCCUUGUCCCUGGCGCCCCUGGUGCAACGCUCGGGCCCGGGCCUGGGGCGAUGGUGCGGCUUGCAGAGUCCGCCCAGCAAGCCCCCCUCGGCCUUGUAUCAGCAGCCGCAUCCGUCCUGCGUUGGAUGGACGGGAGGCUGUGCUGGAUACUCACCGAGUAG